CGAGAAAUGAAUAACGCUGGCCUUGGUGAGAAUUAGAUAACUGAGAGGCGUAAUUAAAUGAUAGUGAAGUCCAUCAAUGAGCCCAUGCAGUCUUUUCCGACGAAUGUAAAUUUAUCAUCUAAAGUGAAGGCAAUAACAGUUGCAAAACUGACUUAAGAGAAAACAGGAGCCUCGUGUUUUCAAAAUAAAAAAAUUAUUGCGUAUCAUAUUAUUAUUCAUUUUUAUUUGUGAAACUAGUUGAGCGUCUCCGUCGUUACAUUAUGCAUUCGGUGAAGUGAUUUCCUGAUUACAGAUUAAUAAUUGGGAAAGAGAAAACCAGUAGAAAAUUUAUAUAGACCCGAAAAUCUGGUUACUUCUUAACAUUUGUUUAGCGGAUGUGAUAGUAGAGUUAAAUAUUUUUUAAUGGUGCUCUAAAAUGACCGUGAAAAGUUACGAGCCAAAUUUUAGCUUCCGGGUCCAUUCAACAUUAUAGUAGAAGAAUAGGGACGGAAAACGACGUACUCUCUAAUACGAUAGUUAGAUAAUCAUUCCACGCAUGUCGGAAUUAACAGUGAGACUGAGCAGAGAAUCAAAUCCCAAGAGAAAGGAAAAAAUAGGCGGGUCAAGUGCGUCUUCCUCCAGCAUAGAAUUUUAAUCCAUGUGGAUGAUUUUAUUGUAACGUUGUUUAUGCCCAAAAUCGACAAGGAAAUUUUUUAUACCAUUUGUUUAUCAUGUCAUCGCUGAGAGAAUUUUCAAUCAGAGUUGAUAACUCAACCGCUGUUUAUUCUCCUGGUGAUACAAUUACUGGAGAAGUUUUUGUGGACUUGAAUGAAGCACAAACAUGCAGAGGAAUUUCUUUGAGAUUCAAAGGAAAAGCAAAGGUCAAGUGGGUUGAGAACAGACAUAGUAGCAACAACAGAAGAACUUAUUUAGCAGAGGAAAAUUACUUUGGGACGGAAGUUUAUGUUGUUGGCGCAUCACAUGGCGAAAUUCAAUUGGUCGGAGGCCAACACAUUUUCCCUUUUACCUUUACAUUACCACUGAAUAUCCCCAACAGCUUCACCCAUGAAUAUGGAGACGUUGUGUACAGCAUCAAAGCAGUAAUGGAUAUAGCAUGGGCACUGGAUCCUGAAACAUGUCUUACCCUCACCGUAUAUUCUCCUUUCGACUUGAACCAAGCUCCGUCUCACGCUAUCGAGGACGAGCUGCAUGAAGAGUACUGCUGGUGUGUACUCCCCUGCGUCAGUGAAGGCUUCAUGGAGGCACAGAUUUAUAUACCAAAGAGCAGUUGUGCAGUUGGCGAUCAACUUGACGUUUUUAUAGAGAUCGACAUGAAUUCGCCAUCUGUGGAUAUCUUUGGAAUUGAAUUGCGAUUGAAACAGAUAUUAGAAUUUCAUGCUGAUGGUAGAACUAAAACUCAGAGUGAAACCGUCGAGAGAUCUACCAACAACGGUCCCUUCGAAAGGAACACCCGUAUCAAUCUUAGACUGCAGGUACCGUCGGUUCUUCAUUCCGGUCUUCAACAUUGCAACCUUAUAAACAUUAUGUAUCAUCUCGGUAUCAAAUUCCUCGUUUCUGACUGCCAUUGUGAUACUAAAAAGUACUAUGCCAUUAUGAUCGGUGCCAAAUCAACCGUCCCGACAGAGGAACAGGCGAGGCCUAUUCCACCUGCAAGUGCUCCAAGUGAUUUAGAAAUAAUGGGAAUACCUUCCAUUCCUCUAGUACCAAUUCCAGGCAUGAUAGGGGAUUCGACAGCAAUCUCAGAAACAUUAAAUCCACCACCUUACGCUUCAGCACCACCGAUAGGCUUCCAAAUUCCAAAUCCCUCAGCACCUGUAGAUCCUACCGUAGCAACAAUGCCCCCACCAUCUUAUGAGUCUGUGAUGGCCGAGGAGGUCAAGAAGUGAUUACUUCAGGGCAACGAAUGGACGAAUAUGUUAAUAUUUCUUAUAUAUCGCCUCGCCAGCCUCGUGGCCUCCAUAAUUGGCUGAUAUUUUUUUACUCGAAGGAAAAGAAGUGCAUUAUUUUAUGGAAUCAAUGGUACCUGAAGAUUACCAAGAGAAAAUUUAUCCUUGAAGGAUUAAAUUACUUGCCUCGCAAUGUGCUUAAUUGAAGAUAACAUAUUAUUAUAUAUUCUGAAUACAGAAAUAAAUGUGACUUAUAUUUUA